AUGAGAUCACAAGCCGGCACCAGCAGCAAGGCGAAGGGGAAGAGUGAAGACGCGACGCAACAAGCGGGGAAGCUGAUCUGUGCCGAUGCCAACCGCAUUGCAGCGCGAUCGCUUGAGGGCCUCGUCACCUUCCUCACCACCUACUUCCGCUACCUUCCCACCUCGGAAGCCCUGCGCUACCUGCGCCGGGCCAGGGCUGAUCUCCUCGUAGCCGUGCGCCUCAUCGAGGAGGAUCGUGACUCGGAAGCCUUCACCAUUGGCCACCCUACCACCAGAGUUGCUCUGACUUGUGCUGCCCUCUCUGCAAUGCGUCGCCACGUCACCGGAUCAGAUGAUCCCAAGGUCACCAGACUUGUGAAUAGCUCUCUCAUGCUGGCUUCCCGUCUGGACAAGGUCUCUCCCCUCCUGGCGAAACAAGGCCGCCUCUGCAGUUCCACUCUAAAUCAUCUUUCCGAAGUAUCUUUGGAAGGCAGCCAUGGGAUGGAAGACUCGGAUGGGAUCAUGCGUCAUGCCAUCUCAAGGUUUCCCUCCGGCAUAAAGAAGGCGCUGUACCCGUUUGAACUUGAACUAGCUCUGAUGAAGGUGCUUCUAGAUAGAAUCCAUGGGUUCUAUCUCAAGGCAAUUUCCUGCAUCCCAGCUUCUUGCUUGCGUUCGCGGCACCAUCGGGGCCUCCUCAAGGCUGCCCACUGCUAUGGUCAGUUUGAUCCUGUCACCAACAUCAUUCUCAACACCAUCUGGUAUGACAACGUAUUCCCCCCACACCAAGAGUUUGAGGUGGACAUGAUCUACGAUGAGGCCCUCACCCGCACUGAGUGCCGCUCCCUCGAUGGCCUCAUCACCUUUGUAACAAAACUAGUCCCUGCGCUCUCCACAUAUGAUGCUACACGAUACCUUCUUUUGGACAAUGUGGCACUUGACAGAGUCACCUCGAGGGCAAAGGAAGGUGGCUACGAAAUAUCUAACGAUCGACACGAUGCUUACAAGGUCGCUGCUCGUGCUGCAAAUCACCCCAACCCUAGAGCACUAGCAACCUUCACAUUGGGGUCCAUGGAACAUGGGUCAAAAUUGAAGUCAUUACUUGAGAAUAAUCGUACCCUCUCCCCUGAUGAUGUUAAGAUCAUCUCAACAUAUUUUUCACAGUAUCCAUGUAGCAAGCCAGGGCUGGUUCAGAAACUGACCAAGCACGCCUCCCAGAUUGUCUCUGCCAAAAGGAAGGAUUUUGAGGCUCACCAGAGUUCGAUUUGCAGCUGCGCUCAAGCCGCGUUAAGGAAACAUGCACAAGAUACGGCAAGUUCAUCAUAUGUUUUUUGUUUCUCUGCUGUUCUUGCAUUCUUUGAACCUUGUCUGGGAGAGGAGUAUGAGCUUUUUACAAUCUGCGGGGUGAAUGCUGAAAUACCCUCGAAUGGCAACUUUGGUUACUAUGAGAACUACGAUGGAUACCCAUAUUCCCAUAUCAACAUCUGGGCAAGGCUGAAAGGGUCACAACUUGCUGCUGUAGCUCCCACACUUCUUUUCAUUCAGUGUAGAAAUGACUCUGAAGACAUGAAGGACUCUCAAUUUCUGUGCUUGCCUGUGUCGGAGUCAUCAAAAGAUGCCGGUAUGCUUUCUGUAAGCUGUAUCCAGAUUAGCUUGCAUGAUUGUUCGUAG